UUGAAGAGUCACCACAGUCAACAGUUCCACAAAAUGCCAAACAUUGCCGAUGGUUUACUGAGUCCCCUAGUUGCCGGUCCGGCACUAAUCGGUCUAGCGAUUUACCUUAUCAGAGACUAUAUGCAAGGUGGACAGUUCAAAAAGAAAACCGAUGAGACGGGCAAGAUUGUGAUUGUAACCGGCUCGAAUACGGGCAUUGGCAAGGAGACUGUCCUGGAGCUGGCACGACGAGGAGCUACUGUGUACAUGGCCUGUCGCGAUGAGGCCAGAGCGGAAAAGGCACGACAAGAAAUUAUUAAGGAGACGAAGAAUGAAAAUGUUUUCUAUCGCGAGCUCGACUUGGCUUCGCUUGACUCGAUUCGCAAAUUUGCCGAGAACUUCAAAAAAGAGCAGAGUAAACUGCACAUUUUGAUUAACAAUGCGGGUAUCUUUCGGGGACCACGUCGCCUCACCAAGGAUGGCUUCGAGAUGCAGAUAGGCGUCAAUCACAUGGGCCACUUUUUGCUCACCAGUCUGUUGCUUGACCUGCUGAAGAAAGCUGCUCCCAGUCGUAUUGUCAAUGUGUCCAGCUUGGCGCACACAAUGCACAAGCUGAACGUGGAUGACUUGAACUGCGAAAAAUCUUACGAUGAGACGCAUGCUUAUUGUCAAAGCAAGUUGGCUAAUGUAAUGUUUACACGGGAGUUGGCAAAACGUUUAGAAGGCACCGGCGUAACCGUGACUGCACUGCAUCCUGGUCUGGUGGACACGGAAAUCUUCCGCAAUUCCGCUAUUCUGCAAUCCGCCAUUGUGCAGUUCGUCUUUAAGCCACUUUUGUGGCCUUUCAUAAAGACGCCUAAGAGUGGUGCGCAGACUACAUUGUACGCAGCCUUAGAUCCUUCCUUAGAGGGCAUUACUGGCGAGUAUUUCAGCGAUUGCAGGCCAAAGCCGGUGGCCGAUGUGGCUACCGAUGAGAAGGCCUCCCGAUUUUUGUGGCAGCAGAGCGAGAAGUGGACAGGAGCACCAAAGAUACCACAACAUUAG